UGUCCCUCAGACACAGCGGAUCACCGAUCCAUGGAAAGAGCCGAAGAUGUCGGUUCGGUCAUGUGAUCAGCUGUGUCCAAUCACAGCUGAUCACAUGGGACAUGUACACUGAUCACCAGAGCACUGAUGAUCAGUGUAGCCCCAGCAGUGCCACGUGCCAGUUCCCAUCAGUGCCACAUCAAUGCCACAUAUAAGUGCCUACCAGUGCACAGCAAUGCCACAUAUCAGUGCCCAUCUGAGCUGCCUUUCAGUGUCACCCACCAGUGCCAGUCUGUGCCUUCUAUCAGUGUCCAUCAGUGCAGCCUAUCAGUGCCCAUCACUGCAGUCUCAUUAGCGCAUAUCAGUGAAGGAGAAAAAUCACUUCUUUACAAAAUUUUAUAA